CCCUCUCUCUCCCCAGGCAUAGCCAGGCAUAGAACCAGGGAAAAAUCAUUUCCUUCUGGCUCGCUAUCGGCGUUUUGUUUCUUAUCUGUUUUGUGGUUGCUCGGAUGAUCAAUUCAGGAACGCGCACAGCGGAAGAUCUGGGACUCUCAUUCGCGGACGCCGAUUGAGGUGGGAUCCGCUCAAUGAACUCUAGGGGUAGAUACGCGGCCGGCGCAGCCAACGGCCGAGGCGGAUAUGUCGGAACAUACCACCAGCUGCAAAAUUACGUGCAGAGGGGCUCCCAGUUUCAUCAGCAACAGCAGUGGCUCCGAAGGAGCCCCGCGGUGCCCGAAACCGACGUCGGUGCGGCUGAGGGAAAUAUGCAGAACGAGGAGGAGAAGAGAGUUCAGUCCGAAGCAGUGGAGUCGAGUUCACAGGAUUGGAAGGCCCAGCUGAAACUUCCGCCUAUUGAUACCCGCUACAGGACAGAGGAUGUGACAGCUACUAAAGGAAAUGAGUUUGAAGACUAUUUUCUCAAACGUGAGCUGCUCAUGGGAAUAUAUGAGAAAGGAUUUGAAAGACCUUCACCAAUUCAGGAAGAAAGUAUUCCAAUAGCUUUGACUGGGAGCGAUAUACUUGCAAGAGCUAAAAAUGGAACAGGGAAGACUGCAGCUUUUUGUAUUCCUGCACUAGAGAAGAUUGACCCAAACAAAAAUGCCAUCCAAGUUAUUAUAUUGGUUCCUACGCGAGAAUUGGCACUUCAAACAUCACAAGUCUGCAAGGAACUUGGGAAACAUUUGAAGGUUCAAAUCAUGGUGACGACUGGAGGAACUAGCUUAAAGGAUGACAUCAUGCGCUUGUACCAACCAGUUCAUUUACUUGUUGGAACACCUGGAAGAAUACUUGACCUUGUCAAGAAAGGUGUCUGCAUCUUGAAAGACUGUAGCAUGCUUGUCAUGGAUGAGGCUGACAAGCUUCUAUCUCAAGAAUUUCAACCUCUUGUAGAGCAAUUAAUUUCAUUUCUGCCUACAAACCGUCAGAUCUUGCUAUUUUCGGCAACAUUUCCAGUAACUGUUAAGGCAUUCAAAGAUAAGCUUUUGCUAAAGCCUUACGUAAUUAACCUUAUGGAUGAAUUGACGCUGAAAGGAAUAACUCAGUAUUAUGCAUUCGUGGAGGAGAGACAGAAAGUUCAUUGUCUGAAUACUCUCUUCUCCAAGCUUCAAAUCAAUCAGUCAAUCAUCUUUUGCAACUCAGUAAACCGUGUUGAGUUAUUGGCCAAAAAAAUUACAGAACUGGGAUAUUCUUGCUUCUAUAUUCAUGCUAAGAUGCUGCAGUCACACCGUAAUCGUGUUUUUCAUGAUUUUCGCAAUGGUGCAUGUAGAAAUCUUGUGUGUUCAGAUCUAUUUACAAGAGGUAUCGACAUUCAGGCUGUUAACGUUGUUAUCAAUUUUGAUUUCCCAAAGAAUUCGGAAACCUACCUCCACAGGGUUGGUCGCUCUGGAAGAUUUGGUCAUCUGGGCUUGGCUGUAAAUUUGAUAACAUAUGAGGACAGAUUUAAUCUUUACAGAAUCGAACAAGAGCUCGGCACUGAAAUCAAGGCAAUCCCUGCCCAAAUAGACCAAGCUAUUUACUGCAGAUGAGGCUUGGGGGUCACAUUCUGCGGGAGUUUGAUUAUGGACGUUUUAUUUCAGAAGAAUAACUUUCAAUACAACUUGCAGCAAAGAAGCAUGCAAUCUGCAAAAAUUCAUCGGAAGUUAAGGAGGCGUUGAUGUGGCACAGAGUGGUCUUCAUUCCGAAGGUCUAUUUCAUUUCUAGGUUGGUGUUUCAGAAAGAAAACAAGGUUGGUACCAUCUUGUUCUUGCGAAUGAACCCUUUUAUAUCAUUAACAGGUUUGUAGCCCACGAAUUUUGUGGCCUAAAGAUUGAAGCAUGCAAGGCUUAUGAAGGAUUUUCUUCUUGCUGGGUAUGAUGAUGUCAGAGUGGGUUGGAAGCUUUAAUUUGCCUCAGCAUGUCAUGGCAGUUUGAUUUGUGAUGAGACGUCGACUAUGUGAUUGUAACAGUCUGAAGGGUUUAAUUUGUCCCCUGUGAGCGAAUGAUGGUAUGGGUGGAACACGCCAUAGCGGUAUCAGUUUUUUUACGAACGAAAACAGCACGAGUCAGGAACUUGUACGCCUUCUUUUAUUUCUUUCAUUUUCUCUUGGAUUAGUCUUUAUAUUUUUUUCUGAUACACCAGUUUGGAGAA